AUGAACAAAAAAAUAGAGUUCCGAAAAAUAAAAGUAAAUAACGGACAAGAAUUAAUUACCAAAGCCCAGGAAUAUAAAAAUUCCGGUGGGGAAUGGAAGUUGUUGGAAAGUUUUUUCCAACUGCCCGCCAAAACCAAUUAUGAUAGCGAAUAUUCCAAAUGGGGAAUUAUAAUUAUCAAUAAUCAACAAGAAGUAGAAAUUUAUUCCGAGAAUAUUAACAAAAUAAAAGGCGGAAAAAUUAUUCGAGAAGGUGAUUCACUAGUUAAUGUUUUAGACCGAGCAGAAGCAUUAGACGAAUUAAACCAAAUAUUUCCCGAAAUUAAGAAGCAAAUUACUCUUAAACCUAACACGGAAAGGUUAGACGUCAACACUUAUAAAAAAGUAAAGAGAAAUGACGGAAAUCAUGACUUAUAUCUGGACGGACAAGAUGGCAACAUGUACCUUUACGUUGGUGAAAAAAAUGAUAAUAAUGGACGGGAAAUUAAAAUUGUUAUCAAAAAAGAGGAAUUUGAAAAGGAACAAGCGAAAAAAGUAGACUAUGAAGUUAAUAGCACUAACGAAGAAGUGCUUUCGGCUAAUUUACGGGUAGAAUCAAUCAAAUAUGAACUAGUCGACAUGAAAAAAAAUCGUCCGGCUUAUUAUGCCGCUUGCGAUAGUGAAUGUGCUAUUUGCGGGGUUAAACUUUGUUGUCACUAUGAAGGACAGGCUUGUGAAAAAGGUCAAAGUAAACUGGUUCUACCGGAAAAUUCUUCUCAUUUUGGUUUCAAAGAAAAUGACAAUCACCAUCAAUUAAAUAAAGUAAGUAAAGUUGAACAAAAGAAAAUCGAAAAGUAUUUUCGGGAAAAUGAUAUUUAUUCCAUUACCCUAGUUGGAGAUAAAUUAUUAAUUAUUUACAAUGAUAACCGGAAAGAAACAAUUUUAAUUGAUAACCAACAAUUACAACUAAUCAAAACUUUGGCACAAGAGCAAGAUAACAAAACCCUUAAUUGA